ACUCAUUCACUCGCUCGCCUCGUCACUCAUUCACUCGCUCGCCUCGUCACUCAUUCACUCGCUCGCCUCGUCACUCAUUCACUCGCUCGCCUCGUCACUCAUUCACUCGCCCUCUGCUCCUCGUCACUCAUUCACUCGCUCGCCUCGUCACUCAUUCACUCGCCCUCUGCUCCUCGUCACCCUCUGGACUGGCCGGCUCCAGCCAUGGAGUCGUUCUUAGCCCCCAACCACCUGGGUGUGGACGACUGGGAGAUGGGGAACUUCGAUCUGGAGGAGGAGAUGGAUCUCAACGAACUCAACGACAUUUUCCGCGCGCUCAAGAGGGACAUGGAGCUGGAGGAGGACGUGGAGCUGGACAUGGAGGCGCUGGCUGCUGCUGCUGUCGACGUAGCAGAACCGUGGAGCGACAUCUACAAGCAGAUCUUCACUGACACGGAGGUGAAGGAGGAGAAGGAGGAACCGGUGGCAUCCUCGCCGGACUCGCGCUGCCUGGGCUCCCCGGCCUCCAUUGGCCCUCUGGGGCCUGAGGACGUGAAGGGGGAGAGCGGCCCGCCCACCCCGCCCACCUUGCCGGGUGACGUGCCGUGUCCGUCCCCGCUCCCCACCGUUGCCGGCAGCUCAGCAGCCGCCGCAAUCGCCGCACUCCGGCCAGAGGAGCCGCGUGGUUCGGCCGCGCGCACCGGUGGCCCCCUGCUUCUCCCACGGUGCCCGGGGCUGUCUGGCGCUGGCCCGGCUGGCCCGGCUGGCCCGGCUGGCCCGGCUGGCCCGGCUGGCCCGGCUGGCCCGGCUGGCCCCGUGCCACCUCUGCCCGUGCUGCUCACGCGGGUUCCCCUCCUCACUCCGGUGACAGCCGGCCCACGCUGCACCGCCACCCACGGCACCGCCGCUACUGCGAUGGGCCCAGCAGCCCGCACCGCGGUGUUGCGGUGCCCCAGCCAGCUGCUGGCUCCCGCUGGCUCCAGCGUGGUGGCCGUGCCGCUCCCAAUCACCGCCAGGAACGUCGUGGUGCCGGCAUCAGCAUCGGCAGCCAAGCCCAUAGUGCCAGCACCGGCGGCUUCUAUGCCCUCCGCCCCCGCUGGCGCUGACGAGCGAGUGUGGAGGCGGCAGCAGCGCAUGAUGAAGAACCGGGAGUCUGCGUGCCAGUCGCGAGCGCGCAAGCGGCAGCAGCUGCAGCAGCUGCAGGGGCAGCUGCAGGCGGCGCUGGUGGAGAACGCGGCGCUGAGGCGCGAGAACGUGGCGCUGCGGAACCAGCUCGCUCAGCUGCUGGCGCUCGCACAGGGUGGAGGGGGUGGUGCUGCCCGCACCACGAAGGCUGUCUGUGCCAUGGCGCUGCUGGCGUUCAUCGUCCUGGGAUACGGCCCCCUCGGGCUGGGCCCGCUGGGGGAGGCCCCCCACUCCCCUGCCCCCCACCCCCGCCUGCUGCCCCCCCUGCCCGGGCGGAGGCUGCUGGGGUACGAGGAGCGGGCACAGCCACCCCCCUCGACCCCCCCCACAGAGACGCAGCGCCCACACAGCCGUGCACGCUGGGCUGACUCGGAACUGGUCCUGAGGAGGGACGACCAAGUUGUGAUCCUACCCCAGUCCUGCAUCCAGCUCAACAGCAGCGAGAUCCUGCGGCUGUCUGGGGAGCUGCAUGGAUGGAUUCUGCGGCACGAGCGGCAGCGCAAUCGCACCGUGCUCACUCCAGCGGCACGCUCAACCCCCCCGAGGAGGUCUCAGCGCCGCUCCCCCCCACUCAUCCCCCCCACGGCCCCCACCGACAACAGCGCAGAGAGGGCGCUGUCCAGCCAGCUGCAGGUGCCGGGCGAGUGGCGCUGGCGCCAAUCCUGGGACUUCCUGGAGCUGAUUGGACGCCGGGACGACACCUUCUACGUGGUCUCCUUCCGACGGGACCACCUGCUUCUCCCGGCCCGCGCUCACAACCACACACGGAGGCCACGCAUGUCGCUCCUCAUGCCCGCCAUGGCCCAGCACAACGACUCGGUGGUCCAGGAGGAUGUGGGAGAGUCGAUGAUGCAGAUCGACUGCGAGGUGACCAACACGCGGCUGCUCCACGCGAAGACGCGGACCACACCCUCCUCCUCACCACCCUCCUCAGCAUCCUCCUCACCACCACCCUCCUCACCGCCACCCUCGUCGUCAUCGUCGUCGCUGCACACGGCACGCGGACGAGGAUGAGCCAAUCGGAGACGAGCGGGGUCCGACACACACAGCCAAUCAGAUACAAGACGUACAGCCAAUCAUAUUCGAGACACAGCCAAUCGGAUACAAGACACACAGCCAAUCAUAUUCGAGACAUGCAGCCAAUCAGAUACAAGACACACAGCCAAUCAGAUACAAGACGUACAGCCAAUCAUAUUUGAGACACACAGCCAAUCGGAUACAAGACACACAGCCAAUCAUAUUCGAGACACACAGCCAAUCAGAUACAAGACGUGCAGCCAAUCAGAUACAAGACGUGCAGCCAAUCAGAUACAAGACGUGCAGCCAAUCAGAUACAAGACGUGCAGCCAAUCAGAUACAAGACGUGCAGCCAAUCAGAUACAAGACGUGCAGCCCAAUCAGAUACAAGACGUGCAGCCAAUCAGAUACAAGACGUGCAGCCAAUCAGAUACAAGACGUGCAGCCAAUCAGAUACAAGACGUGCAGCCAAUCAGAUACAAGACGUGCAGCCAAUCAGAUACAAGACGUGCAGCCAAUCAGAUACAAGACGUGCAGCCAAUCAGAUACAAGACGUGCAGCCAAUCAGAUACAAGACAUGCAGCCAAUCAGAUACAAGACACGCAGCCAAUCAGAUUUGAGACAUGCAGCCAAUCAGAGAUAGUGGUGCUCUGUGAGGCGACUGCAGGGGGUCUGUUGACCCCUGGUGUUCCGCGCGGCUACUGCAGGGCGAGUCCACGGAAAAGAAAAAUGAGAACAUCCUCACCAAAGAAACGUACAAACAUUUCCUUGGAAAAUCAUGCGGCAAAUCACCCGACCAUGGAUCACACACAGCAGCCAUCGUCGCACCCGCUCCCCCGCCUUCCCCCUUCCCCAUUCCCCUCUCCUUCCUACGCGCUGUAGACUUGUUUCCCAGAUCACUCUUGCAAGUGAGACUCAUACCCUGGUCUCCGGAGCUCCCUCAACCUGUGUGACACAAUAAUGAAGUUGAAGCUUGAGAUUAUCCACAUCUGCCAAAUGUGAAAUAUAGAGACUCAUAUAUUUACGAACGAGUUGGGUUCCAGAGGUCUGUUUGUAAGUCGAUUUGUUUGUGAGUCCAACUUUAAUCAUGUCGAUUCCAAACAUGGUGUACGACAUGUACACUAAACACGGGGAAUGGCUUUAAUAGUUGUAUAAUCUCCUGUAGAUGUAGAUGCCACUGGUUCUUCAUGUUCUGCAGAUGUAGAUACCACUGGUUCUUCAUGUUCUGCAGAUGUAGAUACCACUGGUUCUUCAUGUUCUGCAGAUGUAGAAACCAAUGGUUCUUCAUGUUUUGCAGAUGUAGAUACCACUGGUUCUUCAUGUUCGGUAGAUAUAGAUACCAAUGGUUUGUCAUGUUCUACAGAUGUAGAUAUCACUGGUGAUUCAUGUUCUGCAGAUGUAGAUACCACUGGUUCUUCAUGUUCUGCAGAUGUAGAAACCAAUGGUUCUUCAUGUUUUGCAGAUGUAGAUACCACUGGUUCUUUAAGUUCUGCAGAUGUAAAUGCCACCACCACCAUUUAUUGCGCGGUGGUGGAACUUACGACUCUCGGUCCGAACGGGCAACUGGACAUACGGACAGGUUUGUUCGUAUCUCUGAAAGUUCGUAAGUAGGAGUCUCUUGUACAUUUUUUUACGAUAUUACAAUUUACGAUCACAUCAUUGGGACAGCCUGACAGAUGCCUCCCUACUGGCUGCGAAUUCUCGCUCUCAAAUCCUCGGGGAAACAGUUGCCUCUGUGCCGCACAGAAGCAGCUGCCACUGGGGGUGCCCCCUAGGCUAAAAAAUAAACACCCAGUACAGUCA